CUUCAAACUCACAAACACCACGAUCUUGCCAGGAUUAAACCCUUCCGUUGACUCUAUCUGCCCCUCAUGGGCUGGGUAGGCGCUGCCACGGUCGUUGCGACGACAUGCUUCAUACUCUAUCGACACCCCCCGGCGAGCUGGUUCCCCGAGCCAACUGCCGCCGAUCGAAGCCGUCCCGAACCCGCCUCCGAAGAGAAAGAAGAGAAGGCUGCUCCCCGCGCUGCACGAGACGAAGAGCCUGCUCCCAGUAUCACCCCCGAAUCGCAACCAACAGCGCCAGAAGAUGAUCCCACUGAGGAGUCUCAAACGACCCCGAAAGCAUCUGCGUCAAGCAUCCCGGCCUUAGACGUCCCCUCCUUCCAGCUCAACGACGGCGAAACAGACAAGAAGAGCCUCGUCACUCAGAAAGCGCAACAAGAUAAAACCCCUCAAAUAACGAUUCCAUCGCCAGAACCUCCAUCAACAACGCCAUCCGCACCCUUAAAUAUCAUGGCCAAACCCAGCCCGAGUCCUUCAACACAGCCACCCGUCGCAAAAGACGCCUCCUUAAUGCCCCCUCCCCCUCCUCCCUCAAGACUACAACCACCAACACUACAAAAACAAUCCCGGCCACAACCGCAAAACAGCCUCUCUCCGCCAGCUGGCCGGCUCCCUCCUCCCCGGCCAAGCGCCAGUAACACCCUCAGUCCACCCCCGUCAGCCGCCUCGUCCCUCCGCGUACCACAAGGCAGUCGCCCCGCCUCCAACAUGAACUCUCUAUCCCCGACACCCGUGACCUUCAAACCAAUCAAAAAAGCUUCGAAGCGCGCAGUUCUCGAGCCGGGGUUCUCCCCUCUGGACUGGGCAGCACUCACCUCGAACCCCAACCACAAACUGCGCGGCGCAAAUCUUCCGCCAACCUUAAUCAAAGUAACACCGUCGAUGCUCAAGUCCCAGAACGGCCGGAAAGGCUCAGACGCAUGGACGUCGUACCAGGGGAAGGUCUACAAUAUCAGCCCUUAUCUCCCAUUCCACCCGGGCGGGAAGGGCGAGCUCCUCAGGGGUGCCGGGAAAGAUUCAGGAAAAUUAUUCCUCGAGAUACACCCGUGGGUAAACUGGGAUGCGAUUCUGGGGGAGUGCUGUGUGGGUAUUCUGGUUUCGGAGCAUGAGGCGGUUGAGACGGAGAAUCAGCUUGAUGCGAUGGACUGAUAUCAACGCGGUCUUAUUAGAUGGUGCUUAGAUUUAUUUUGCAGUCCGUACUACUUCAUAUACGGUGCAUGUGUAUAGAGAUAGAAAGGCUAUAUAUUGACACUAUGAUACCCAUGGAAGGUAACAAUCUUAAAACGAUAGCCAGUCGAGCAGCUCUCUUAAAAUAUCGGCGUAGAGAGUGCUCCUGCGACGGUUGACAUUUUACCGUGGGAAAUUAUAAUAUCAGCUCAGUUUCCAUAACUUAGGUUAAAAUACAAUAACGAGUUGCAAUUGACGAGCUAUGCCGUG